AUGGACGAUAAUAGUACCAGUUUGCGCGUUGCUCUUGAUGCGCUAUCGAUCCCUCAGGAUGGGUUUAGUGUGUUCAAGCGACUUCAGUUCGCACUUCCGAGGGACAUAACCGGGCUUCUGAAGAUAGAUGAGGGUCUCAUUCACGCGGACUUGUGGAAAGCCCUCACCGACUUUGAGAGAAGAGAAUGGGAAGUAGUCGCGGAGGAACUCGUUGCUACUUGCCAAAUCCUAGACCCAAAGGGUAAUAGUACUCGCAACAUGGUGGCUAAACAGGCGUGGUUCAACAAAGCCAACAAGAACUUAAGAAAGAGGAUAUAUCCCUACUCGACUAGUCGGACAUUCCGGCUCUAUACCGGUCUUAAGGAGCCCCGUUGCCAAUUCAGGACAAAGCCCCCGCCAAAGCAGAAUGAGGAGAUGUUGGAAAGGUAUGUGGGAAGUCCCAGCACCAUUUUGUAG